AAACUAUACGAACGCACAGAUACUGACAAUGAACAAGGGGAUCGGAAAACUACAAACCUCAACAACUAAACUAAUACACCUCAUUAACCUCGACCAAAUCCAAACCGCUUUAGAUAUUUUACAUGAACAUACGGAAAAUAGCCCUAAACGCAGUCCAUUAUACGCUACCCUUCACCAUGAGAUAAACACAACUACUCACAUAUUCCGAACAAUCACAGCCUUUCCCAAAACUCGAAAAACUAGGUCCUUAAAUUGGCUAGGGUCAGGAUGGAAGUACAUAGCGGGUAGCCCAGAUCAUGAUGACCUGGUUAUGAUAGAGCAGAACUUAGAUAAACUUAUUGACAAUAAUAACCAACAGGUCAUUAUUAACAAACAGUUAGAAGGAAGAAUAAAUAAACUUACUUCAGUAUCUAAUGCUCUCAGCAAUUCUAUUCAAAAAAGCAGUUCAGUAAGUAUCGAGACGGCUAUUAGUUUGCACAACCAGAUUCGCCUUUUAAAAGAAGAAAUUAUUAACAUUAAAUAUGCCAUUCAAUGGGCACGAUUAAACGUAGUUAACACACUUGUAUUAAAUGAAGUUCAGGGACAGAAAGCGCUGUGUAGUUUUAGCAAUGCCGACCAUGUACCCAAAAUAGAAGAAGUCGACGAUGGAAUCAUCCUACUAAACGACUACGAUGGAAACGCAACAUGGAACAACACAGAACUUCACCUAGAGGGCACCUAUCUGGUUCAACUAUCAAAUGACUCGAUAAUUAUCGACAACCAGCAGUUCAGCAACUUGGAACCUACAGUCUCGACCCCCGGAGCACCUCUUGUGCAGUUUACGGCCGAAGAAAAAGAAAGACUUAAGGUUCUAUCUCUUGAAGCAUUGGAAGCAUUGCACAUAAACAACACUGGACAGCUGAUGAACAUAAGAACACAUUCAACAGUUAACAGCAUUACUUUGUUAACGCUCUUUGGGAUUGUGCUGGUUCUCAUCCUGGGUUUGCACAUCUAUAGCCAACGGAAGAAGAGCAUAACCCUGCAACUAGGUCCCACGCCUGGAAUGGAAGCGAAAGUCACCGCGAUUCUCGCACCUACAACCCGCGAGCAAUCUUCGACUGAGGCACAGUACCAGCUACCUCAGUUCAACGACAUUCCAUACUUUUAGAGACAGCUUGAGGACAAGCAUAAAUUGGAGGGGGAAGAGUUAACAACAAAAAUGUUUAAAUCCAGAACAAUGAACCCCAAUAAGCAAGCUUCAAUCUGCAAGCUCAGCGUCUGCAUAAUUUCCUGCACACGCCGAGCUGCCAAGCAGAAUUCGAUAAUUUCCUGCACACGCCGAGCUGCCAAGUAGAGUUCGAAGAAUCUGAUUGGUAACAACUUCCGCUCCCACCAAUGCAAGUGAUUCCAAGAAGACCGCACUGAUUUGACCAGCAAAACAUCAGCCGAUGUCGUGGCCUAUUGGAAAGCUACGGAGCCGACGCCGAUCCUCUGCCACCAAGGGCAGCGCAGCUCACAGCCAAAGACUCGCAGCUUGCUAGGGACAGCUUAGGGUAAUUUAGUUGCAAAAUGGAUUUAUACAAAUAAGGUCGUUCUUAACUGAA